GAUGCAGCCAGCACAGAGACGCCUGCAUCCGGCCUCACCUCAGACAAGACACAGGUGGUGUCCGAUGUGGAAGACAGUGGCAAGCCGGCGGACAAGGUGAGGGCGCCUGAGCCGUCUGAGGUGCCGCUCACAGCGCUGUCGCUGAGUUUCUUCCGGAAUCGCGUGGUCCGAUUGUAG